AGCUUAUCAUCGAGUUCAUACCCAGAUAUACAUACUAUAUUUACCGAUAGUAAAUAUGGGCUGGUUUUCUUCCUCCUCCUCCGACUCUAGCCAGGCCUCCGAUGGCGGCCGCAUAGCCCCCGACCGAACCUCUCGACAAAAGUGCUGGGAAGGCCGUGAUCUCUUCUUCACGUGCUUAGACAAUAAUGACAUUGUUGACGCACUUAAGAAUGACAAGGAAGCGCGAAAGAAGUGCGCGAAGGAGAUUGCAGAAUUCGAAUCAGCUUGCUCCAGCACCUGGGUCAAAUACUUCAAAGAAAAAAGAGUGAUGGAGUACAAUCGAGACAAGACGAUCGAGCGGAUUAAGAAGGAGGAUGCGGCGGCGGUUGAGAACCUCAAGUCACAGGGAUGGACACCAAGGUGAGGGGAGGGCUAGUGGGAUGAAUGGAUAAGGCAUUGGAAAGGAAAGUACAGAACCAAAGAAGGGGGGGGUGUAUGAUCUGGGAGAUCUCAUAGUUGUAUUAUAUUUACGCAUAAUGACAGUUGAAGCGCUAUCUGUAUCGAAUAUUUAGAAACCAUUGAUACGCUCUGCUCUUUCAAA